AUGUCUGCAAUCAUUGAAUAUGCCUCAAAUGCUCCAGAGCCGCUUUCUUACCCUCGUCUUGCAAAACACCUUCUCUUACCAUCUAAUACACCCGAUUAUUUGAGGCUCAUCCUCACCUCCAAAGUUUACGAGAUUUUGAAGGAAACCCCAUUGAUCCUCGCAACCAAUCUAAGCUCCAAGCUUGGGAACCAAAUUUGGCUCAAGCGCGAAGAUCUUCAGGAGGUCUUCAGCUUCAAGAUCCGCGGCGCAUACAAUUUCAUGGCUAGCUUAUCCGAUGAGGAGCGCUGGAAAGGCGUCGUGACAUGCAGCGCUGGAAACCAUGCCCAAGGUGUCGCCCUUUCUGGUGCACGUCUCGGAAUUCCUUGCACGAUCGUAAUGCCGCAAGGUACUCCCUCUAUAAAAGUGCGCAACGUAGCGCGUCUGGGUGCCAAGGUUAUUUUACACGGAGUGGAUUUUGACGAAGCCAAGAUGGAAUGUGCUCGUCUCGCUGCGGCCCACGGUCUGACCUUCGUCCCCCCAUAUGAUGAUCCCCUUGUCAUCGCGGGUCAAGGUACCGUAGGGAUGGAAAUUCUAAAGCAGCUGGCCGAUUCAGAUCAGCUAGACUCAAUCUUUGCUGCUGUUGGUGGGGGCGGCCUGGUAGCUGGAAUCUGUGAGUACGUCAAAAGGAUUGGUAGCCCGAAUACCUUGGUCAGAGGUGUGGAAACCAUCGAUGGAGAUGCGAUGGACCGCAGCAUCGAGAAGGGCACUCGUGUAACGUUGCGUGAGGUCGGACCUUUCAGUGACGGGACAGCUGUCAAGAUUGUAGGAGAAGAGCCCUUCCGGAUAUGCCAAAAUUUGCUUGACGGGAUUGUCAAAGUCGACAACGAUGAAAUUUGUGCUGCGAUAAAAGAUAUAUUCGAAGGUAACCGUGUCCAUGAUAUCUUCGAGAGUGGUGCAAAUUUGACAUUUUCUGCUCAAGAAACUCGAUCAAUCACUGAGCCAGCAGGGGCUCUAGCAUUAGCAGGCCUGAAGCGUUACAUUGCUGAAAAUGAUUUGGUUGGGGCACAAAAGAAAUUUGUAGUAGUCGUGAGCGGUGCAAAUAUGAAUUUCGACAGAUUACGGUUCGUUGCAGAACGUGCAGAACUAGGAGAGGGUCGAGAAGCCCUCCUGAGCGUCGAGAUCCCAGAAAAACCAGGAAGUUUCAUUGCCUUACACUCCGUUAUCCAUCCACGCGCAGUGACAGAAUUUAUUUAUCGAUACAAUAUCUCUGGAGACCGAGCUCACGUCCUCAUGUCCUUCAAACUGGAAUCCAACUCCAGGGAGAGCGAGGUACGAGACGUACUUAAGGCUUUGGAGCAAGCGGAUAUGCAAGGUUUUGAUAUCAGCGACGAUGAAUUCGCUAAAAGCCACGUUCGAUAUAUGAUCGGGGGUUUGGCACAGGUAUCUAACGAGAGAGUAUUCAGAUUCGAAUUUCCUGAGCGACCAGGGGCUCUCAGAAAGUUUCUGUUAGGCCUCCAGCUUGAUUGGAAUAUAUCCUUGUUCCAUUAUAGGAACCAUGGAGCUGAUUUGGGCAAGGUUUUAGCGGGUAUUCAGGUGCCACCAAGUGACAGUCAGGCUUUUGAAGAGUUUUUAACCAAGCUCGACUUCGCAUAUGUCGAGGAAACAAACAAUCCUGUAUACAAACGCUUUCUAUGUGGUUGA